AUGAAUGCAACUAUGUCAUCAGCGCUACACAUCCAGUUCUUCAUGGUGGCUUGUAUGAUGGGGCUCGUUUUAAUAUCACUUGGAGCUGAGGGGGCACCUUCAAAACCUCUUCAGAAGAAAGCAAACCACAAGUCAUCAGAAGAAUCCCUUCCAUCCUCAUCAUACCGGUUGAUCUUGGAUCCUGAGUUCAAAUCCUCGGCCAACCCGAUCCAUCCAAUCAACAACGACUCCAUCUCUCCAUGGACCUACACGUUUACACAUGAUGACAGCCUGUACCCUUCUAGCAUCGCAGAGGCGAAAUGUUCGCUGACUGGAUGUUUGCUAGGAGGCGCUGAGGAUUUCCAUUCCAAACCCAUUUACACCCAAAUCAUGGUCUUGAGGAAAAUUCGAGGAGAAAAGCAGAACUACUCCUUAAAACUUGAGUACAAAACCAUUGCAGUGGGAUGCACCUGCGUUCGUCCAAAUGUACAACAAGUUUAAAAUGUGGGACCUGAUGGAGUUAUAGAUUUUUUAUCUUUUUAUCAUUAGUGUAAUACGAAUCCAGAACGUAAGGGUUAAGACUUAUGACUUUAUAAUUUAUUUAUUAUCUUGUAUACAUGUUUGCAAAAUGUAGGAUAUAUAUUUGUUCAUGAUAUUUUAUGGAUUAUAUAUUUGCCAAUAGUACAAUUCAAG